GUGUAGCUGUAUUACCGCUACUGUGUGCUACUGUUCCAGUUUUACAGUAGCUGUGAAAUAAUAUACGUUAUUGCGAUAAAAUAAGUGAAUUCUACACCGAUUUGUUAUUUUAUCUCAAGCAAUUGCGUGUAAUAAUAACACUGUGAAAGACAACAAGGAAAUACAGAUGACGAGAUGAACUGAGCGGCCGAGGGAACUAUUUGAUUUUUGUUGAUUGUGAUGGUGAUCAUUUAAAAUGAAGUCGUGGGGGGAAACGUUAUGGCGGAGUGCCUCCUCGCACUUGUACCGAGUCGGCAGGUUGCGGCGAGCUCUGCUGCUCUUGGCUGCCGCUGCCUGUACUGCUGCGGGCCUUCUCUAUUGGAGACAACAGACGGACGACUCUGCUAGACGACCGCUACACUUGUACGCUGGUGUAGAGCCACAGUGGUCUUGGAUAUGUCGGAACGAUCGUUGUGAGCGACUCCUAGCAUCAGAGACCUCUAUACUUCAAUCACUUCCUACGUGCAACAUGCUCUGCGCGUCCACUCAAUUAUGGCCGCAGCCAACCGGCCCCGUCAGUCUCGCUACGGCCUCAGUUCAUGUCAGAUCCAGCGGCUUCUCACUACAAGUCAUAUCCUCUCCAUCAAGAGAAGUGACAGAAAACCUCAACGAUGCCUUCCAAUUAAUGCGCGACGACUUGAAAAUUCUGGAGAAAAACGCGGGAGUAGAGAAUAGGAGAUCAGAUAGUGGAACUCCUCGUGAUGUUGUUGUAAGGGUCGCUGUGAACGGCAGCGCUGAUCCACGCAUGCGACAAGACACCGAUGAAACCUACAAGCUCUCUCUCAGACCGUCAGGGAAGUCCCUCGUCGCUGAUAUAACAGCGCAUUCCUUCUGUGGAGCUCGGCACGGCUUUGAAACUCUGUCUCAACUAGUGUGGUUGGAUCCUUACGCUGAAUCUCUCUUAAUACUCGAAGCUGCCACCGUGGACGACGGCCCUCGGUUUAGAUAUCGUGGUUUGUUAUUGGAUACAGCCAGGAAUUUCUUCCCCGUAACUGACAUAUUGCGUACAAUCGAUGCUAUGGGAGCGUGCAAGCUGAACACGUUCCAUUGGCAUGUGAGUGACUCGCAGUCCUUUCCUUUGAGACUGAACAGCGCUCCUCAACUAGCUCAGCACGGAGCUUAUGGGCCUGGUGCUAUAUACACGACUGACGAUGUAAGGGCUAUAGUACGCCGAGCUAGAUUGAGAGGAAUACGUGUCUUGAUAGAAGUAGAUGCGCCGGCGCAUGUUGGACGAGCGUGGUCGUGGGGCCCUCCUGCUGGGUUAGGACACUUAGCGCAUUGUGUUGAAGUAGAACCUUGGAGUACUUAUUGUGGUGAACCGCCUUGUGGGCAAUUAAACCCACGAAAUCCACACGUUUACUCACUUCUUGAACAGAUUUAUGCCGAAAUCAUUCAACUGACGGAAGUGGACGAUAUCUUCCAUUUAGGCGGGGACGAGGUCUCGGAGCGGUGUUGGGCUCAACACUUUAACGACACGGAUCCCAUGGAGUUAUGGUUUGAGUUCACUCGUCGCGCCAUGUCCUCCCUCGAACGUGCCAAUGGCGGUAAACUGCCAGAUCUAACGUUACUGUGGUCUUCUCGGCUAACUCAUACACCGUACCUGGAACGUUUAGAUAAGAAGAGACACGGCGUGCAGGUGUGGGGCUCGUCCCGGUGGCCGGAAUCUCGCGCGGUAUUGGACGCGGGCUACAGAACGAUCAUAUCUCACGUAGACGCUUGGUACUUAGACUGCGGCUUCGGGUCCUGGCGAGAUAGUUCCGACGGUCACUGUGGACCUUACCGGUCUUGGCAGCAAAUUUACGAGCACAGACCCUGGAUAGAGGAAAUGCCGGCCAUGUCUACCGGAGUGGAACCAUGGCAAGUGGAAGGCGGCGCGACGUGUCAGUGGACGGAACAGCUGGGUUCCGGAGGUUUGGAUGCUAGAGUGUGGCCGAGGACUGCGGCGGUCGCGGAGCGUCUCUGGUCGGACCGCGCCGAGGGCGCCACCGCCGACGUCUACCUGCGACUCGACACACAACGAUCACGACUCCUAGAUAAAGGGAUCCAAGCCGCUCCUCUCUGGCCGCGGUGGUGCUCUCACAACCCUCACGCCUGCCUUUAGUUUAAACCCGACGGCCUGUCUAACAGGAGCCGGGCGGCGGCCGACGAGUGUGUUUGUGUAGUUAUAACAAUUUAGAUAGCCGACGGAGUAUACCGAAUGUGUCACAUGUUCUUAAUACCACUAUUACUUAUUACGUGUUGUUGAUGUUUUUUUGUAAAUACUUGUAUAAAAUCAUAUUAUUUAAGUUACAAGCUAAGACUUGUACAGCACUUAAUGUAGACGAAGCUGAACUUAAUAAUAAUAAAUUAAAAUGUACUCGUAAUACUAAACGAUUAAAUUAGCUAAUUAUAUUUAACGUAGAUAGGUUCAAUCGACUGCCACCUUAGUCACAAUUAUAAAGCUAUUUCCUGUAGGAGGUAUGCACAAGUGUCGUAAAGCACACUCGUAGAGUUACGUUACUGUGAGAGAUGGUUUGCGUUAGGAAAUUAGCGUUUACGAAAAUAAAAUCAUCGCUCCGAAAAGCUCAUAUCGGAAUGACAACACGAAGGAACUUAAAUGCUGUUUGUUGCAAUUAUAAAUAAAUUUUAAACUAACUAAAAUAUUCCUGAAUGAGUUUUACGUUGACGUUAAAUAACAGCUAAGGUCUCAGACACAAGGAGUAGUGUUAUUUACAAAUGUAUAUGAAAAAAGGCUAACAAUUGUUAAAAAUGUAUCGUCAGAGAAGGCUCUCAAGUUUUUUGCUAUGUUUUAUUUUAUUUUAUUUUUAAUAAUUCUAAAUCUUAUUUAUUUUAUUUACACUAUUGUUUUUUACAGUAUUUUUUGUCUAAAAUCUUGUGAUCGUGAUAAAAUGUUAUUAUGAAUUAGUUGUACGAUGACAACAUAGUAUUGCUGUAUUUGUAUGUGCACACUCCACACGCCCAACGACACGAGUAAUGGGAGUUAAAUAUAUUAUAUGUUAAUAACAACGUUGUUUAUAUCUAUUUAAGUUCAAAUUCAAUGCCGUUUUAUAUUGUUAUCAGCUGAUUUUUUUUGUACACAUUAUGAUAUAUAUGAGAAAGAACCGAAAAUCCUAUCAAUUUAAUCUUAAAAUUCCUCACAUAGGACAUUUAUUUCUGCGCGAUUUAAUGUGUAAGUACAAAAACCACAAUCACUUAUUAAUCGUGUAAUCUUUUUAUAAAUGUACGGCGUUCGGGUUUCACAAUUCAUCGCCGGGUCAGUCGGAGUGAGUGUGGUCACUGUCAACGAGCGUUGACCUCAGCGAAUGAAUCUGUUGACCGUAAUCAGAACACAAUGUCCACGCACGCGCCGCCCGCAGCGUGUAGCAUCUUCUAAAUGGCAUAUCAACGGAUCAGUGAUAUCGUUAUAAACAUGAUGGGAUCUGCGAGCGUUUCUACUCGACGAUUAUUAAUUUACUAAAUUAUUUUAGAUUUUAUUAUUAUAUAAAUCAUCGAGAGUAACGAGCCACGAACGCUUUAAGGACUCGGCCUCUUUUGGUAACUUUGUAAACUUCAUUAAACAAUACUCAUACCGUCAUCACAUGUAACAUUCGUCGGGUCGAAAUCUGAAUUUCGUUUGUGAAUGACUUUAUUUAUUUAUUUUAAUAUUCUAGAUGUAAACAGGCACAAUUUUGUACAUUUUGUAAGUAAUGUUUGGUGCUAUAGCGAUUUUGUGGUGUACUUCUAUUGAAAUAAAAUAAGCUGUAAUA